AUGCAGCAGCUGCGUCUGCUUUCACAGGUGGUUUACUUCGUGAUCACAUCCAGCCUCUUUGUAUCCAAGUUCUACCAACAUCUCCUGGCCUUGGUAUUUGCUGUUACCGAAAUCAAUAAGGAUGCCAAGAUCUUGCCCAACCUCACUUUUGGAUUCCUCAUCCAUGACAACUACAAUAACGCAAGGAUGACUUAUCAUAAAACACUGGACCUGCUCUUCAAGUCACAUCACUAUGUCCCCAACUACAAAUGUGGAAUCCAAAGAAAUGUCAUAGGAGUCAUUGGAGGACUUGAUUCUGAUUCUUCUUCACACAUGGCAGACAUCUUAAAACUUUUCAAGAUUCCACAGAUUUCCUAUGGUUCUUUUGAAUCAGCAAUGAACGAUGAAACCCAUUUCUUCUCCUUUUACCGCAUGGUCUCCAGUGAAGCCUUCCAAUAUGUGGGAAUUGUCCAGUUACUUCUGCAUUUCCAGUGGAAAUGGGUUGGGUUUAUUAGCUCCGAAAGUUUCCUGGAGAGGAAAACCAAUGUGGUUGUUCUUUAUGGCGAUACUUCAACCCUUAUAUCUCUGCUAUGUAUUCUAUGGGCAGCAAUGACUUUUUCGUUGGAGGCUGAAUAUACACAGAGAAUUUCCGCCGGGAAAGUGUGGGUUACGACGACCCAAAUUGACAUUGCAUUACUUAUGUUUCUGAAGUCUUUCGAUAUACGAAAGCUUCACGGUGCUCUUUCCUUCACCAUCCACUCGAAUGAGGUCAUGCGUUUCCGUGAAUUUCUCCAGACUGUGAAGCCUUCCUGGGCCAAAGGGGAUGGCUUCAUCAAGGGUGUCUGGGAACAUAUGUUCGAAUGUUCCUUUCCAAGUUCUGGGGGUCCGUCAACGUUCGAUGAAACGUGCACUGGGGAGGAGAGGCUGGAGACUGUGCCAGCCACAUUUUUUGAAAUGAGCAUGACUGGCCACAGCUACAGUAUCUACAACGCGGUCUAUGCUGUAGCUCAUUCCUUGCAUGCCUUAUACACAUCGCCAGCCAGCUACAGAAUGAAAGAGCACAGGGGCAGUCCGGAUGUGGAGCCCUGGCAGCUAUACUCAUUUCUUCAGAGAAUGUCAUUCAACAACAGUGCCGGAGAUGAAAUUGUGUUCAAUGAUCACGGAGAACUGGAAGCUGGGUUUGAUAUUACAAAUGUGGUCACUUUCCCCAAUAACUCCUACACCCGUGUAAAAGUCGGAAGGCUGGAUCCUCAGGCGCCUCCAGGGAAAGAGUUCACUGUGCAGCCAGAUAAAAUUGAGUGGAACCAUAAUCUGAGUCAGGUGCCUCCCUUCUCUUUGUGUAAUGACCGCUGCCAUCCAGGACAGAGCAAGCAACAGAAAGAAGGGGAGAAAUUUUGCUGCUUCAAUUGUGUCCCUUGUCCCAAAGGGAUGAUCUCCAACCAAAUUGAUGUGGAAUACUGUAUUGCUUGCCCAGAAGAUCACUAUCCAAACAGCAAGCAAGAUCAAUGUAUCCCCAAGACCCAAAACUUCCUCUCCUUUGCAGAACCCUUGAGCAUUCUGUUCGCCUGCUUAGCUGUUUUCUUGUCUCUGAUCACGGCUCUGACGCUUGGAAUUUUCAUUAAGCACCGGGACACCCCCGUAGUCCGAGCCAAUAACCGGAGUCUCACUUACAUUCUCCUCACCUCCCUCCUCCUUUGCUUCAAUUGCUCAUUGCUAUUCAUUGGACAGCCACAAACGUGGACCUGUCUCCUCCGACAAAGCAUCUUUGGCAUCGUUUUCUCCGUCUGUGUUUCUUCUGUUUUUGCAAAAACCAUUACCGUGGUGGUAGCUUUCAUGGCCUCCAAGCCAGGAAAUAUUUUUAGAAAACUGAUGGGGAAGACAUUGGCAUAUUCUAUUGUCAUUUCCUUCUCCCUUGUUCAAGUGGGCAUUUGUGCCAUUUGGUUGGGUACUUUCCCCCCCUUUCCAGACCUAGACAUGCACUCAACCUUUGGGGAAAUCAUUUUGGAAUGCAAUGAAGGCUCCAUCACCCUAUUUUACUGUGUCUUGGGCUACAUGGUCUUUCUAGCCGCCAUCAGCUUCAGUGUGGCUUUCCUCGCCAGAAGGUUACCCGACAGUUUUAAUGAAGCCAAGUUCAUCACUUUCAGCAUGUUGGUCUUCUGCAGUGUUUGGGUCUCCUUUGUCCCAACCUACCUGAGCACCAAAGGGAAAUACGUGGUGGCUGUGGAGAUCUUCUCUAUCUUAGCCUCUAGUGCUGGACUAUUAGGCUGCAUCUUUCUCCCCAAAUGCUACCUGAUACUACUAAGGCCUGAGCUGAACAGCAGAGAGCAGAUGAUAAGGAACAAGAAGUGA